AUGAGUAGCAUUCCGUUUCUAAAGAAUCUAUAUCCGGACCCUUCGAACAACCUUUUUGACGACUUGCGAAUAUGCUCGAGGGUGAUGGACUCGUGUGGCAUUGCGUGUAGCUCGGGGUUUGUGGCGGUGCCCUGGGAAGUGGAGGGUGGCGGGUUGAUAGGAGCCAUUCGGCUUGAGAACCAAAUGAGGAAUCCGCCAGUGAUAAAGCUGAAGGGACACACGUCAAGCAUCCUGGACCUGCAGUUUAACCCCUGCUUCAGUGAAAUCUUGGCAUCAGGUUCAGAAGACUUAACCAUCCGUGUGUGGGAGAUACCGCAUAAUGACGAAUCGGUGAAAGAAAUAAAAGAUCCACAGUGCAUUCUCAAAGGACAUAAAAAAAAAAUAUCAGUCAUAGAUUGGAACCCAAUGAACUAUUACAUCAUGUGCUCAAGUGGAUUCGAUUCCUUUGUAAACAUAUGGGACAUAGAGAAUGAGAAGAGACCUUUCCAUAUUAUAAUGCCAAAGAAAUUAUCUUCAUUGAAGUGGAAUAUCAAGGGCAGCUUACUAAGCGGCACGUGUGUAGGGAAGCAUAUGCACAUUAUAGAUCCGAGAAAAAAGGAAAUUGCUUCCAGUUUUCACAUCCAUAGUGGUGGGAAAAAUACCAAAAAUAUAUGGAUCGAUGGAUUAGGUGGGGACGAUAACUACAUUUUGAGUACAGGGUUUUCUAAAAAUAACUUAAGAGAAAUGAAAUUGUGGGAUUUAAAGAAUACAACCUCUGCUUUAGUGACCAUGUCUAUAGACAACGCAUCUGCUCCGUUGAUUCCACAUUAUGAUGAAAGCACUGGACUUAUAUAUAUCAUUGGAAAGGGGGAUGGAAAUUGUCGAUACUAUCAGCAUUCACUUGGAAGCAUACGUAAGGUAAACGAAUAUAAAUCUUGUACCCCAUUUAGAUCAUUUGGAUUUUUACCAAAGCAAAUCUGUGAUGUGUAUAAGUGCGAAAUUGGGAGAGUUUAUAAGAACGAGAAUAAUAAGAGCAUCAGACCCAUCUCUUUUUAUGUGCCUAGAAAAGAUCCGACAAAAUUUCAGGAGGAUUUGUAUCCACCUAUUCUGAUGCACGAUCCAGAUAAUUCCUCCAAAUAUUGGAUAAACGGGGAGGAUAACAAAAUGAAUCGGAUAAAUAUAAAAGACUUAACACGGGAUGAUCUGAAAAUUACCAAAAAGUACAAAUUCGUGCCGCAGUCUUUUAAUAGCAUCAUUAUAGGGGAAGAGUACACAUCAAAGAGGACUUCAAUCAUUAGACAGAUUACAAGGAAGAUCACUUUUUUUAAAAAGGGUCAUCAGAAUGAUGGCUUUUCCUCUGUGGAUAGCUUCAAGGAAUCUGUUUUUAUGUACCCUAAGAGCUUUAAGGAAAAGGGGUUGCUCACUGACCAGGGCGCCGUACAGUUUUCGUCCAACAAUUCCCUGGAGAGGGGCGCGACGUGCGAAUCGACGGAGCAAGCGGAAGAGGGGCAGCAAGAUGAGCACUUCCCUUUGGAAAGCGAACAGCCAUGCGACAGGACCAGCAGGGGGACAAGCGAGUUGCCCAUGCGUUCUGGGCACACCGCUCGGUUGACGAGGGGGAAGACCCAACGAGAGAGUGGCGCGAAUUGUUUCGACGCACUGCUGUGUCGGCAUCUGUACAGGAGGAAGGAAUUGUAA